UUCAUGUUAUAUAAAUCUGGAGAACUCCCCAAGUUUGAAGAGACAAGCAAUGCUUUACCCAGCUUGAGUCCUGUCAUUGAAGUAGAGAGCAAUGAUAGAAAGAACAAAAAUAUAUCGAUAGAAACAGAAGUGAAAGAAAAAGAAUUGUCUGAUUCUGAAGAAAUGGAACCUAAAUCAACAGCUGAUAUCAAUACCAAAAAGGAGGUUCUGGUUGCAACAGAGAAAAUUAGCUGUCAGGAAAUGAUGCCUCCUGUUGAGGAGGUUCAAGUCUCCUUCUCCAGUAGUAACAGAUCAUUUCAAUUCCCACUAUUCGAUUCUACUUCAGGAAGGACAACUUCUUUCCAUGAGGUGACGGGGAAGCAUCCCUCGGAGAAGCACUCGCAACAGGAGCCACCAAAGCCUGCAGAAACCACCCCUGGAACAAACCCUAAGGCUGCAGGAAAUAGUUGGUUUUCUUGCUUCUCCUGCUGCUCACUUGGAUGUUAAAAGAGAAUUCUUCAUAACUAUUUUAACACCAACCUCUGUAAAUCUCCCUCUUCAUCGAAAAUUCCUGCCCUGUCCAUCGGAUCUAAAUAUGAACCAUAUUUUCUGCAAUUGUUGUUUCUUGUAUUGGUGAUUCUUCUUCCAAUGCAAAACCUUAGAGCUUGUACAGUCAAGGUAUAGAAAUCACCAUCUAAACUAAUUAAGUUGUAGAACCUACAGUCUUCAUUCAAUCCUGUGGGAGAAGUUUGGCUUUUAGAUUUUGAAAAAAGGAAGUCAACGUAAGAAUCAUGUACGAAGAUCUAUUGAUUUAGAAAUUCCAGAGGGAAAAUCAUGGGUUGGAUUCUUA